AUUUUCCCUUCCAUCAAUUUCUCCCUCGCAUUUUCUCUUAUAUUCUAAGAAAAGAAACGGUUCGUUGUUUCCACUCUAAUGGCUCGUACAAAGCAAACCGCUAGAAAAUCCACUGGAGGCAAGGCGCCAAGGAAGCAGCUAGCUACAAAGGCGGCGAGGAAAUCAGCUCCAGCUACCGGCGGAGUUAAGAAGCCUCACAGAUUCCGUCCAGGAACUGUAGCUUUAAGAGAAAUCAGGAAAUACCAAAAGAGUACAGAGCUUUUGAUAAGGAAACUUCCAUUCCAGAGAUUGGUAAGGGAAAUCGCUCAAGAUUUCAAAACUGAUCUGAGAUUCCAAAGCAGUGCUGUUGCGGCCAUGCAAGAGGCAGCUGAAGCUUAUUUGGUUGGUUUGUUUGAGGAUACAAAUCUUUGUGCAAUUCAUGCUAAAAGAGUUACUAUUAUGCCUAAGGAUAUUCAGUUGGCGAGAAGAAUUAGGGGCGAGAGGGCUUAGAUUUGAAGGCUGUUUCUAUGUUCAUGUUUGUUUUUUGUUUUAGGUUUUUAUGUGGUUCUUUCCUUUUGAAUGGUUGAAAUGGAAAAUCAAUUUUAAAUCUAUUACUGUUGUGUGAAUUAGAUAGUGCAGUUUAUUUGUUUGUGAAAAGUCCUCGUUGAGAAAUGACUUUUUUAAUUUUACUUUAGCAA